AUGCCUCUCCUCGCCCUCUCAGACGAAAUCCUACGCAGAAUCAUCUCGUACCUCCCUUCCUUCCCCGUCCCGUGCCCACGCCCUUGGACCGGGCCAGACGACCAUACACCGCUUCUUGAGCUGGAUGCGAACUUGCAAAGCCUGUGUGCGACGAAUCGGAGCUUGAGGAAGCUCUGCGUGCCGCUUUUGUAUGGGAGCGUCGUGUUGAAUUUGGAGAGACAUGCGCUCGGGAUGCAGCGUGCGGUUCUUUUGGGUGGGAUACUUUCCGAGCCUGAGGUAUCGCAGUAUGUUCGUCAUGUUCGGAUUCACGACAGCAAACAGCCCUGGAAUGCCUAUCACUGGACACACCUCUGGUGCGCCUACCUCCGCAUCAUGGGCGACGAAUCUUUAUACGGCUUGGCCUCUUCAUCAGCGGCCACGCUCCUCCAAGUCACACGGGACCUGCUUGAUUCCCUACGGAACCUCAUGACGAUCGAUGCGGAACGGACGGACGUGCCCCUGGAUGAGGAUAUCGUCAAUGCGAUACAUGGACACCCAUCCCUCCAUGAAAUACGUUUAGAAAGCUUCCGUCAAUUCGGGAAUUUAUCCGUCGACUUCCUGUCCUCGACACCGAUGUCGCGCAUCCGUGUCCGCGGUCUCAUCAUUGACGAACAACAACACCCGAUGCCAGCGCUCCACAGGACGGACAUGUUACAAGCCUGUGCGAGACCCGACGGGCCACGUAUCGACGAACUUGUCGUCGGGUGGUUCGAGGAUCCGGCAUGGAUAGGACUAACGUUCAACGGGCUAAGAGAUGUUAGGCUUUCGGUGUAUGAACAGACCGCGAAGUAUUUCCUCCCGAGGACCUGUGCUGAGUUUUUUGAACGGCAUAAUGAGGGUACGGGGCUCGAGUCUGUGCAGAUCUCGGGGGACGGAGUGAAGGAUCUUUCUUUGCUUGAGAACAUCCCCUGCGUCUCGCUCCUGCGCGAAGUCGCGAUCGCGCAUGGGUACGAGGACGCGUUCUGGUUGGAUAACGUCCAUGUGCAGCGGAGUCGAGGUGGACGGAGAGAACCAGCGGACUUGGCGGAGGGAGAGUGGUAUUUGAAGAGUGUUAGUGUCGUGUUCAAGGAGAGGACGGAGGAGGUGUUACCUUUCGUUCUAGACUGCCUUCCACCUUGUGAGAGCUUGAGUCUGUCCAAACCGUCGGAUGACGACGAGGAUUGGAUAGCCCUCUCAAUCACACACUCCAUCCUCCUCUCCCACACCCCCACCCUUCAACACACACACCACCUCUCGCUCUCCCAAUUCCCUCUCUGGGACACUCCACCAGACCACCCCAUCCCCUUCGGCUACUGUGGCCCCGAUCCCGGCUCCGACGACGACGACGAUGAAGACUUCGACGAACCGUCUCUAGACGAACUCAUGGACAUCCUUUCACCCCUCGGGACAGCCCUAGAACCUCAAGUCAGAGAACUAGCGAAUGUGUGUAAGAGGUUGGGAGGGGUGAAUUUCGCGGGGCCGAGGGGGUUCGAGGUUGGGGAUCAUUUUUUUGAGUAUGUUGUGCAUGGGAGGAGUAGGGGUGCGGGUGAUAAUGAAGAAUACGGAGAGGAAGAUGGGGAUGUAGAGGAUGGAGAGGAUGAUGACGACGGAGAGGAGGUGGAUAUCGAAUGGGGCAUUCCGAUGUAUAAGUAG